CGCUUCUGAAACAGCCACGUUCACAAGUCCACCACAAGACCUAACUUGGAUCAUUUUUCCGUAGCGACUCACUCGUCGCAAUGGCAGUUCAUCAUGUCUUGGACAAUUAUUACCUCGCCAUCACACUGCUAGUCACUGUCGGGUAUCAACUCUUGGGAUUCUCCAUUGCCUUUACAUUCAAGUUCGACAAGCUGACAGAUUUUGCGGGUGGCACCAAUUUCGCCAUUGUUAGUAUCCUGACCUUGGCCCUUUCACCCGUCCAUACAGCGCGACAGAUUGUGGUGUCCAUCUUCCUUAUACUUUGGUCACUGCGACUUUCGGGAUUCCUCCUGUUCCGCAUCCUCAAGACCGGUACCGACACCCGUUUCGACGACAAACGCGACAAAUUCUUCCCUUUUCUGGGCUUCUGGGUGUUUCAAAUGCUUUGGGUUUGGGCCGUCAGUCUGCCUGUGACCAUUCUCAAUUCACCCAACGUUGCCGGUAGACAUGAGAUGCCACAGUUCGGAACUGCAGCCGAUGUAGUUGGGAUCAUCAUGUGGGUGGUGGGCUUUGCGACCGAGGCCAUUGCGGAUGUACAGAAAUAUCGUUUCCGCUCCAACCCAGCCCACAAAGGUCGCACCUGUGACGUUGGCUUGUUUGCAUGGAGCCGCCAUCCCAACUAUUUUGGCGAAAUUUUGGUGCAAUUUGCCAUCUUCACCAUCGCCGUGUCACCGUCAGCAUACGGCUACAUUCCAAGCGGGAGUGGGCCGUACGCUGCUCAGUAUGCGAGUAUCGUGGGGCCAUUCUUCUUGACCCUUCUGCUCCUGUUUGUCAGUGGACUGACCUUGCAAGAACGGCCUGGAGCUAAGAAGAAGUUUGAAGAUGAUGGACCAGAUGGUCCGAAUUGGACCAGGUACAAACAAUGGCUUGACACUACGAGCAUAUUGAUCCCCAUGCCCAAGACGAUGUGGACGGCAUUGCCGAUCGCCGUCAAGAGAACAAUCGGCGCUGAAUGGCCGAUAUAUGUUUUUGUGCCGGAGAGAGAUGUCGAUCCCAAAAAGUUGCAAGAGAGGAGAAGCGAGGAAGGGGCAGCGCAUGCUCAGGUUGGGAGCCAGGAUGACUUGGUAGACACAACGCGCUCCAGAUCCUGA